CGGCCGCAGGUGCCCAAAGCGGGCGGGCGGGCCGCGCUGCUCCCGGUGCCGGCCCGGUGCGUCCCGUCGGUGCCGAUGGCGGCGCGCGGCGCGGGCCCGUGGCUGCUGCUGCUGCUGGUGGCGGCGGCGGCGGUGCUGUGCGCGGCGGCGGAGCCGCGCUGCUCGGCCUGCGCGGGGGGCGCGGAGCGGCGGCUGCUGGAGGAGGCGGCCAAGCGGCAGCUGCUGGAGAAGCUGCGGCUCCGUGAGCGGCCCCGGCUCGCCCACGCCGUGCCCCGCGCUGCCGUAGCCCGCGCCCUGCGGCGGCUGCAGGCGGGCGGUGCCCGCCGGGGCCCCGACGACGAGGUCGAGCAGGGCUACGAGAUCAUCAGCUUCGCGGAGCCAGAACCCACAUCUCCCUCUGGCUUGCGGCUGCAGUUCCAGUUCAGCCGUACACAAGACCAGGACGUUCAUAUCCUGCAGGCUCAGCUUUGGCUCUACCUUCGAGUCCCCCGAGACCUGGUAGCCAGCCUCACCCUGAGAAUCUUCCUUGCUGGUGGGGAAGGCGAUUUGGUGGGGGGCAAUCGCACGCUGCUGAGUGAGAGGCGCCUGAGCGCUAAGGGCAGUGGCUGGCGUGCCUUCACCCUCAUGCCUGCCCUGCAGAGUUUCUUUGGGGGAGAGCACAGGACCUUGCGGCUGGAACUGGAAAGCCAUGGGGAUGAGGGUGAUAUUAUGGCAAUAGCCAAUGCCAGCUGGUCCCACCAGCCCUUCCUGGUGGCCAAGGCAAGGGUACGGGAGACAGGGCACCAUGUGGCCAAGCGCAGCCUCCGCUGCAGCCAGAACUCCAACCUCUGCUGCCGCAAGGACUACUAUGUGGAUUUCCGUGACAUUGGUUGGAACGACUGGAUCAUUAAGCCUGAGGGCUACCAGAUAAACUACUGUGUGGGCCAGUGCCCUCUACAUGUGGCAGGCAGCCCCGGGAUGGCCUCUUCUUUCCACACAGCUGUCUUCAACCUUGUCAAAGCUAACAACAUCCAGGCAUCAGGGCACUCUUGCUGUGUGCCCACACGACGCCGGCCACUCUCUGUCCUUUACUUUGAUCGCAAUAGCAACAUUGUCAAGACUGAUAUCCCUGACAUGAUUGUUGAUGCCUGUGGCUGUAGCUAGGGUUGGGGGAGCUGUGCUGGGUGCCCCCAUUCUCCAGGGCUGUUUAUCUGGGGGGUCGGUGGGGGGUGGAGGGAAGAGCUGGAGAGCUCCCUUGAGCUGGAGUCAGACUGUGGUGCAACGGAUCCUUCGGAAAGGGUGGGAGUGAGGGAGGGAGAGGGUGUCAUCAGAGGGAGCAGGGUUUGUCUCCAGAGAAGAGCACUUGGGGCAGGCGUCGCUGAGGACACACGGGGCAGAGCCAAGGCCACAUCAGACUGCCUGAAUCUGAGCUGUGGGUGGUUGGUGACUCUGGGCAUCCCUGCCCUGAGUGGCAGCAUCCCUCUGGUCCCAAGCUGAUACCACGUUUCUGGUGGUCGUGUUUCCCCUCUGUGUGGGGUGAGGCAGCCCUGCUUUGUUCACAUUCAGAGUGUCUGGUGACAAUUUGGGACUCGGCCUCCUUGAGAGCAGAGUGGGAUGCAGGAAUGGGUCCGUUUCCUCCAGCUGUGAAACUGGAGAACAAGAGCCAGUCCUGCUUUUCUCCCCUAGUGCAACAAAUCUUCCUGCAUCAAAUCUGGACCUAUUGUUGGGAACAGAUGGAAUGAGGCACAAAUAACAGGCCUGGAAGAUGUGGAUGAAGGGUAUGACUGUCGAGAGCCUGAAAACCGCAAUGACUAGGCACAGCCCUCUGUUUCCAGGAGAGCAUGGAGCUGUGGAGGAUGAUUUUGCUUCCUGGCCAGGUCCUGUGUAUUUCCCCUUUCAUUGCCCUGGGUUUUGUGCUUUUCUUCCCUGCUGCCCAUCCCAGCAGUCAGCUCUCUUCCAGCCCGGUGCCUCCUUACAAGGAGGUCUGACUCAGAAUUUGCCUUUAAGACCAUACUAAAGGUACAGAUUUUUUUGUACCUCUAACUUUGCAGCUAUUACUACUCUUAUGGUAGAGGUUUCUGCAGCUCUUGGGACUCCCUGGUGCUCCGUCCUGUCUACCCACCUCUCUACUGAAGAUCUCACUCUGCCUCUGCCUUCCUGAUACUCAUGUAUGCAAUGCACACACAUGACCUGUGUUUUUAAUUUAUUUUAAUACUUUGGUGUGGCUUUGCCAAUAAAUGGGUGGAAAUGCAAAA